GGCAGUUGUUUUCAUAGACCGAAGAGAACUGAUUAUAGCUCUUCAUGUGAUGGCGUCCUUUGAUUAAUUAUAAUUUUAUAUGAUCGCUGCCUUGUUAGGCGAUGGCUAAAUUACCUGCUUUUGUGCUGGACAGCAUAAGCAGUGAUACUAAUAAUGGGGUCUGAAGAUGUUGAAGUUCAGUGCCAAACUCAGUCAGCUUCAGCUAGUGUUCCGUGUGAUUCUGCAGCAUCUUAUGGCAUUGCCACUGUGCCAUUUGUAGCUUCUGUAUCUGUAGCUCCCAAUCAAUCUGGAAGUGGCACACCUGUGUCUGCUGGUACAGUCAUGAUAGCCCAAUCAGCUGCCUCACAAACCCCUCCCCAAAAUGUUGCUGUUCAACCAUCUGUUGCAGCUUCACCUUUGCCUCAUGUGCAAGUCAUCCAGCAACCUCUCCAAAAUCAGUACCUACAACAUCUGUAUGCUCCCCAACAGCAGCAUAUGUUUCUCCCUAGUAACCUUACCCUUCAACCAACUCUUCAAAGCCUUGGGGCUGCCCCUGCUGGCAUCAGCCUUCAAUUACAAGGGAAGGCCAUGGAGAAUAAAGCUAAUGCUCCUACAAUUAUUUCAGCUGCACCAAUGCAAUCGGUUGGAAGUUUCGGUGCUCAAAGUUUGAUUCCUGCUGGUAGUCAAAUGGCUGCUAGUGCAAAAGCAUGUGUCCAGAGUCAAAUGCUGGCUGCUACUUCUAAAUCUACUGCCGUCAUUCAAGGACAGUCUGGCUUUAUACCUGCAACCACAUCAAAUCAGACUGUUGUUAUAGGACAACUUGGAGUACUGUCCAGCCCUCAGUCAGUCAUUCCUCAUCAGGCAAAAGCAAUAACUGAUGGACAGAAAGCAAAAUCAUAUCUCAUUUCACAGCCAGCCACCCUUCAUCCAAAAUCCCCAAUCUUACCAUCUCCAAGUGUAUCAUGUGCUGGACAGAUGAUUGCUACCAGUCAGUUAAAACAAAUUCCAUCAGCUCCUCACAUUAUCACAACACAGGCUCCUACUAUGAUUGCUAGUCAAGCCCAGAUUCUAGGCUCUCUACAUGCACUUGGUGCUUCACUACCUCAAGGCAUUACUUGGGCAACACCUGGUUCUCUGCAUUCCCCUGCUUUAUUUGGACAGAAUCCUAUUUUCAUCCGCAGUCAACAAUCAGAUAUGUUUAUUCAAUCUCCUCCACCACAGGCAACUAUUCAUGCAGUUCCCGUUGCAACUGCUCCACCUAUGCAGCAGCAACAACAACAACCUCAGCAGCAGCCCAUUCAGCAAGCACAACCUCAACAAACAGCACAAAUACAAACAAUACAGCAGCAAACACAAUCACAGUCCCAACUUCAGCAGCAACAGCAGCAGCAACAACAACAACAACAGCAGCAAGCAUUGGUACAGCAGCAACAACAAGUACAAGUUCAGCAGCAAGCUCAACCACCAUCCCAACAACAACAGCAGCAACAAGUACAGCAACAAACUCAAGUUUCUCAUCCAAUUCCUAUUACACCUGCAGUUCAAACUACUAAAGUGAAAACUCCCUUACGUCCAGGAAGUUCUGUAGCAACUCAAACAAUUGGCUCUACAUCAACCUCUGUUGGUUCACCAGUAACAAAGUCACAAAGCAAGCAAAGAUCCCGAGUUGUCCAUUACCGCUCUACAUCCUCAUCCUGUACAUCCAAUGCUUCUACUCAGUUACAGACUGCAACAACACAAACUCAAACUCAGCCUCCCCCAAGCCAAAAAGCUGAUGCAGCUAACCAGACCAAACCUACAAGUGAACCAAAACUAGCUGCUACAUACAAUAAGAUUUUAGAAACUUCUUUCUCUGCUCCUGUUGUUGAACCUGCGGAGAUAGAAGCACCUAAGUGUGAUGAGCCCAUGGAAGCCGUGUCUUACCCUGAUGUUGCAAUUGUGGCUCCUUCAGCUGUUGUAUCACCAUUGGUAGAUGAAGCUGUCCAAAUGGAAAACACAGAGGAAGCUUUAUUAUCUCCUCCAGUAGCACAUGUUCAAGUAUCCAUUCCAGUUGAGAAAGUGAUUCCAAGUAGAAAAGAGGUCGAACCUGACAAUAUUGGAAUUGUUGCGCCGUUAUCCGAAAUGACAGUGAAGGAAAAGCAACCUCACACAGCAAUUGUGAAACCCCAUGUGUUGACUCAUGUAAUUGAAGGAUUUGUGAUUCAAGAAGGAUCAGAACCCUUUCCGGUUACCAUGCCGUCAUACAGUAUUACUAAUAAGGACGCUGUUAUGGAAAAGUCUGUUGAUGUUUAUAAUGGAAUUUCCCAAAAUACAGAUAUGUCAAGCAUGCCAAAGAAAAAAGAAAAGAUUCCAAAAAUUCGAGGUGGACCCGUGGAACUUGCGAAAUGUGAGUUUUGUGGAAAGCUUGGACCCAAAGCAAAAUUCAAAAGGUCGAAACGAUUUUGUUCUACUUCAUGUGCUAAACGUUUUAAUGCUGGUUCUUCAAAACGCUUAGCCAUAAUAUUACCUGAACAGGAUCCAAAAGCAGGAGAGGAGUUACGGAAGCAUAAGAAGAAAGGAAGCAGUAAAAAAGGUGGGAAGUCUAAAAAAAGGAAAUUAGGUAUUAAGUCUAAGAAGUCUUGGAAAAGAGCUGAAAAUAAAAUUUAUGAAGAAAAUGAAUGGAAUGCAACUGAUGGGCAGGAAACAUCAACCGAAGUCAUUGAAGAUCAAUUGGCUCCUGUUGAAGUUGCUGAAGCAGAACCAGAGAUGGAGGUAGAUGCGGAAGUGGUGGAGGAUACUUCAUUAGAGGUUGAAGAAACAUCAUCCCCGCCUGUAGAACUGUCAAAUGAAGUAGCCACGACAGAAUCACAUACAGAAUUUGCCACCAAAUCCCCUCUAAAGUGGACAGUAACUGAUGUUGUUGAUUUUGUGAGAGAUCUUCCUGGCUGUUCCGACUAUGCAGACGAAUUCCUGGCUCAGGAAAUUGAUGGUCAAGCUCUUCUCCUUUUGAAAGAAGACCACUUGAUGAGUCUCAUGAGCAUGAAAUUAGGUCCAGCAUUGAAAGUUUGUGCUCGUAUUAAUUCCAUAAGGGACGAAGUUAGCCACUGAUGUGGUGCUCUCUUUUAUUCAUAAUUGAAAUUUUUUUUGUAAAGUUCCAUCAAGCUCAGUAGCGCAUACAAGGAAAGGGUCCAGGGAGUACGGAACCCUUCCAUCACCCUUGAUUUUCUUUUGAUUG